AUGGCAUUUCAUACUUUUGUUUUUCGAAGAAUAAAACCUUAUUGGAAAUCAAUUAUACGUUUAAAACAACAUGGAGCUAACUCGGAAGCGUUUCAUACGAGCAAAUGGAAUUUGGAGAAUUCAAAAUUAGUGAAUCGAUGUUUUAUCAAGGUAGAAAGAAAUAAUUUAUCAAACAUUGAAUAUUUUCACACAUAUAAACUUAAUAAAAAAAGCAAUUUUGGGAUCGCUGCUCGACCUUACACAUCUAUCGAAGAUAGUGCAAAUAAAGAUGAAUCCUCUGCCUGCAAUGAUAUCGAUAAUGACAUUUCCAACAACAUCAGUACAGAAAAAGAAGAGUUAACAGUGGAAUGGAAAACUUUAUCAUUCUAUUCAUUUCAUGAAAUUCCUCAGUCAAAAUUACAAAACAUGCGUGAAGAAAUGUUGAAAAAAUUUAGAGAGAUGGGAAUAGUAGGAAGGAUUUAUAUAGCAUCAGAAGGAAUAAAUGCUCAAUUAUCAUGUCCAAUAGAAAAAUUAUCAGAUUUAAGGGAAUAUUGUAACCAAGAACUGAAUUUGAACAAUGUUGAAUUUAACUAUUCGACAAUACAUUUGAAGGCUUUUCGAAAGCUAAAUGUAAAGAUUAGGCAUCAGAUUGUUGCAGAUGGGUUGGAACCGGGAACCUACGACUUGUCAAAUCAACCUAAUCACCUUACACCUGAUGAUUGGCAUAGAUCAUUAUCGAAUGUUAAAAAACCAAUUACGCUGAUUGAUAUGAGAAAUCAUUAUGAAAGCGAAGUUGGAUAUUUCGAUAACGCAAUCCGUCCGGACGUAGAUACUUUUCGUGAUAGUAUAAAGAUAAUGAACAAAAUAUGUGAGGGAAAACAAAAUGAAGAGAUCUAUAUGUAUUGUACUGGUGGAAUUCGAUGCUCAAAAGCUGGAGCGAUUCUCCUCUCAAAUGGUUUUAAGUCGGUCAACGUUCUCAAAGGAGGAAUUACAGCCUAUGGACGUUAUAUAUCCUCCAACCCAUCGAUCAAAUCCCUUUAUAAAGGUCGUAAUUUUACGUUUGACAAACGUCUCGGCGAGCCAAUUACAAACGACAUAGUCGCACAAUGUCACACGUGUGGAAAACCAUGUGACAAGCACACAAAUUGCCGAAAUAAAACGUGCAAUUUGUUAUUUAUACAAUGUUCAGAAUGUAGGGUAGCAUUAAGUAGGACAUGUGGAUCUGAAUUUUGUUUGACCUUGGUAAAAGCGUGGGACGAAAAGUUUGGAAAACCUCAAGGUAACGGAUUUGAUGAUGUUAAACCUGGAGGGAUGGAAUGUAUUUAUGAUCACAUACAUAGGACGAGACCAAAAUUGGUCAUUAAGAGGUUGGGUGGAAAUUAUGCAGACAUACCUUCGGAAGUUGUUGCAAAGCUUUUGGAAAAAGCGCCUGAAGAAUGA